GGGGGAGGGCGCUGCGGGGUUGCCUGGUGCGCGUCUGCGGCCGCGCUCCGUCUGCGCUGGGGACGCGUUCCGAGGCGGCCGCGCCGCGGCGAGACACAUCUUUAUCUGGAAAAUCAGCACAGCUGCUGGUGGUGAGAUGCCAGCUGAGCACCUGGACCUCUUCUUACAGAAACAACGCCUUUCUGUAGUUUGGCCUUGGUGGGAGGAGAAAAUGCUGCCCUGGCAGCGGCCCUGCAGUGCGUGAGCUGAUUGCUCCCUUGUUCUGGUUGUGCCAGACCUGUCUGAGCAACCUCACCAGGGCAGGACGUCGCAUCGCAUCGGAAGUGUGGCUGGACUGGCCGAGCCACUUAAGGCUGCAGGAAGUAACGUAAUUAAUAAGACUUAGCUCUCCCACAUCUUGUACCUGACAAUCUCAAGUCACUUGACAGUGCUAAUUAAAGCUAAUCACGCUCCUCUGUUUUUAGUAAAUAGCUAUUAUCCCCACUUCACUCUUGCUUUAAUGAAUGGCAGUGUCAGGCAAUGUGAGUCACUGGCAGUGGUGGGAAUGCAACCUGUGUGUGCUGCCUUCCGGUCCUUGGGCCUGCGUAUGUGCCUGCCUGGACACGGCUUCUCCAUGCCUGUUCAGCAUUGUUACAGCACAUUAGAAGGUGGGAUGUUCUGCUGGCUCACAAAAAUACAUAACUUUUCAACUGAUUGUGGUUGCACUCAUGCAGAACUGAUCUCCCCGGGUCUUGCUAAGCUAUUAAAAGUUGGAAAAGCUGAGGAUGCUUUGAGUUUGCCCUUCAGAGGAGGUUUUUGAUCCUCUGAGGGGGAAGGCAGAGCAGUGUCACAACUGCACUCUCGCUUCUCCUGUUUCACGUUGGCAGCGACUUCAUUAUGAGGAGAAAAAUGUAGCGUGGUAUGACCUAGGGAUUGCACAGCUCAGCCUCAGAACUCGGCAAGAUUUAAAUUUCACUGAUGAAAUAUUAGUAGAGGAUGGCUCAAGCAACGUGGUAUUAAAAACAGAUUGUCCAACCUCACAGAAAAAAAGAGUUAAUAAUUAACUACGAAAAAAAAUUAAUGAGAAUCCCAGGAACUCCCAGCAGAAGCAUUUGUCUGUAGGCACGGAACUAUGAGAGGCGAGUCAGCUCACGUACCUUGGCAGCACUGUGCAGGCUGGUGAGGAUAUCCAGGAGGAACUAAACCACAGACUGGUGUGUUGUGCUGUCAAUGGGAAUGUGAGCUAGAAGAAUGAUGACUGAACUGCCAUGGAAAAUAUGUACCUCAUUAAUGUGACAGCUGUUGCAUAGAAGAAAGUGUUUCUGAAGGAGUCAGUCGUGAGCUGUAGCUCGAUGCAAGAAAGCUGCUGCUGAGAAUGCAGCCAUCCUCUGGAAUCGCUUAUAGUGACACCAUUGCACUUGAGCUCCUGAAAAUGCACUGAUGUGGAUGUUGGCUUCUUUUAAACCAUUUUUUUUCCCUGUUUAAUUAGAUUGGAUCUCCAAACUGGCAAAAGGGUCACGGAGUACUUCCUGGGGUGAGGACUGUCUCCAUGCUGUGGAUGAGGGGGCCAGGGCCCUCAGAGAGGAGUGACUCAUGGGGAUGUGUCCAGAGGAAUAGCAGGAAUGAGUUAUAUUUUCCAUUGAAGGUGGUCUAAGAGAGAAACCUGCUCCAUGCUGUUUCUGUGCACAAAUCUGAACAAAGUAAAGGGCCUUUGACUACAGAUAUCAUCUCUUGCUAUCUUCAGAUUUGGCUUCAACUUUCCAAAGCUGUUGCUGACCUGUGCUGUGGUGCAAGUCUCCCAGACCACCCCAGGAUCCUCACUGCAGAACUGCAUCGUCUGAGAGCGAAGGCUCCCAGCUCUGCCAGCUCUCUGGAGCUUCAGCAUCUGCACUUCUGACACUGAUCCUGCAGGGAAUGGGAGAACCCAGCCUGCCCUCUUACUGUGCUGUGUUAGAGACCAGCCUCUCUCAAGCUGCAAUGCAUUAAGCAUUGUUCAGGUCUGUGUGAAGCCCUCUGUUCCCUAGACCUGAAUCUCUUCCUCUGAAGCUGUCACCAGCGUGUGGAGCCUGCCCCACACCCAUCCCCUGCCAAACCACGGCCUUUACCUGUGUCUUCCGGUGUUUCCCGUGUGACCCGUCCUGCGGCAGUGCCUCCUGGGCUACCCCGGAGUUCACGCAGCGCUCGGUGGCUCCAAUGGUGAAGAUGACAAGGUCCAAGACUUUCCAGGCAUAUCUGCCUUCAUGCCACAGGACCUACAGCUGCAUUCACUGCAGGGCUCAUCUUGCUAACCAUGAUGAACUCAUUUCUAAGUCCUUUCAAGGAAGCCAAGGACGAGCAUACCUCUUCAAUUCAGUAGUUAAUGUGGGUUGUGGCCCUGCAGAGGAGCGGGUGUUAUUGACAGGAUUACAUGCGGUUGCAGACAUUUACUGUGAAAACUGCAAAACCACACUGGGCUGGAAAUAUGAACACGCUUUUGAAAGCAGCCAGAAGUAUAAAGAAGGCAAAUACAUCAUUGAACUAGCUCACAUGAUCAAGGAUAAUGGCUGGGAUUGAACGGAGGGAGCCCAGCCCUACCAGUGUGUAAGAGAAUGCCAUCCAACCGAACAUUAUAUCCAAGAGUGAGAGAGUGACUGAACGCUUGGUUCCAUGCAUUUAGAGGCUCUGCAAUCUGGGAGCAUCUUCACACCCUUCUCCAUCUUUAUUGGUGACUGGCCUCUAAAUUUCUGUCUCUCUGUCUCUUUGCUUUGUAUCUGUUUGUGAGUUGACCCUGGCUGCUUCUCUCUCUGUUCUGGCGUUGGCUAAGAGAAUGCACCGAAUGCCCGACAGCCAUUCCAUGUUGACGAAUGCUUACGUACGAACUGAAGUUGGCUCUGUGGUGGCAUUUUAUCAGCAGGUCUCGGUGCAGGAGGAAGACCUGAGUUUUGGGCAGGAGAACGUGAUAGGGGGUGGGGAGUGGGCCCAGAGGGAGGUCAUUGGGAGUAAAACUGCACUUCUCCUUUAAGUCCUGGUUAACCAAGGCUUGAAACUGUCUACUUGUCUAAACGGACAGAAAAAUACCUCACGGCUGCGUUCUCUCUGAAGCAUAAAACUGCUGCUCCACUGGUGGAGCUUCGGUCUAAGCUGGCUGAGCACAAGACAUAACCAGUUCUCCCUGCAAGUCGCAGAUCUGUGUUUUGUUUGCUGUUUAUGAACUUGUUGUCUAGGGGAGGAAGGGGAGACCUGAAGGCUGGAGAGAUUCCCUGCCUCUCCUUUUUCUCUCUGUUUCAGGGUAGGUAGGCCAAACGUUCCAACAGAGCACAGCUGUGGGAGCAUCCUCACAGCUGGAGAAACCAAAUCCUGACACUUGAGCCCUUCAGAGAGAAGGGAAAAACCACUUAAGGCACAAGGAGGCUGGAGCUGAAGCUUAGAAGAUACAGCAGGAAAGAAAAAAGAAGGCAGGUGCUAAGCAAGAAAGAGGAAACUGUAUCGGAGAGGAUGGGGACAAACUCAGUAACGUAGGGUACCCUUUGACUUCCUGUACUCUGCUGGAUGUCCUUGGGGGUUUUGUACCAAGCCUUCAUGAGUACAAGUAGGAAAGUGCUGUUAGAAUAUCUUUCAGUCUCACACCCCGGCCAUCAGCUCUGCUUUUGGAGCCUUUCAGAGAAGUGAUGUGAGAGGGGGGGAGAGGAGGGAGCAGAGGAACCUGACAGUUUAGCAGCGUUGCACAGGUGGAUAUUUCAGGCCAUGAGGUAUCCCCCAAACCUUCCCCCCUUUCCCACUCCCAGAAGCCUGCGGGAGGCACGGGGGAGACGGGAAGGAGAAAGGAAACUAAAGUAUCUUCCCUCUACCCCUGAAAUUGUGCGUUGGAGUUUAAGUGGGAGAGGUGGAUGUGGUUGUUGUAACUGCAAAGGAAAAGUCCUUUGCUGUGAAGUUUUUCAGACUGAUGAGUGUGGACCUUCCCGAGGUGAUGGGUGGGGAAGGAGCACCGUGUGCGAGCGGGGAGCUGCGUUACGUGUAACAGACAAUGUGAAGUUUGCUCUGCAGCAGUCCAGCCGCUAUCUGGUGCAUGGCUCAAAGACUGUUGAACCGAAUUAGUGUUAUCUCUCUGAGUGAAUUUUCUUUUUGUUUGUGGAAUUCUUUCAAGUAGGUUAAUCCACUGGGGGAAAUCUUUCUUAAUCCAGAAAGAAAGAGUAUUGCCCAGGGGUUUGUAGCUCCUUAUGAAACCCAAGCUUUGGAGCUGUAACCUCUUGUUGCUUGUCCCCACCCCGAGAUCCCAUGAGCUGGGGACCAGAGUGGAGGGGCUGGCGACAAACUCAUUUGCUGUUGGUGAAGGAGAUGUGAGCAGAGAUGCUGCUUAUGGGUUGGGGUAGGCUUUACAUGUUGGACCGAAGCCCCAACCUGCUGGGCUGUCGAAGCAAAGGCUGCUUUUCUCUUGAACCACUAUUGUGUGACAGCGCGUUGUUACACCUGGCAGGGGAAGGUGAGCUGAAGGCUGCUGGAAUGGGUGGAAUUGGCUCAUUUUGUGGCUAGCCUGUUCAGAGAUAGCUUCUGCCUUUACCCUUUCUGUUGUGGUCGUGUAGCGGUUGCUUCAGCUUUCAUUUCUGAUUGUCUCUGCUUCCAUCAUCCACAUUGCCUUAAGCAGUAAAAAGCCCGGUAAAAAUCCCAAGCUCUGCAGUACCCACCAGCUUGUUGGCACUGGCCUGGUCCCAUUGUGCUGUCCUUUGGUUGUUGAUCUGUGACAAUUGGUUGGGUCUUUGCCUAGUGGGAAGUAAUGUGCAUUCCUCCAAGAGCUCCUGGUCUCCCUCAUACACAGCCCUUGAAGAGAUCUGUUUGUACCUGGCAGGAGAAGUAAAGGUAACCCCAAAUUGUUCAGAUGAGGUUGAGAAAAGUACUGUGUGUGGGCUCAUGGUUUUAAGUUGGUAUCUUAUUUAUAGGUGAUACCAGAUUCAAAUGCUUUUAUCCUUAUAUUUGGGACAAGAAAGGAUGAUGUUCCGUCAGUCAGGCUGUUUUUAACCGUUCCCUGGGGUUACGCUUUUAAUGGCAACCAGUCCAAGCCUGAAUAUGGCAAGAUCUUAAUCUGGCUUUAAUUGGCUUUGUCUCGUCAGCAUCCACCGAUUUACACUGCCCAGAAUGUGGCCUCACGACCCAAUAGGAAAACAUGAGUGUGUGCCUGUGGGAGCCCACACCGUGCACAGAGUCACCCACAGGCUGCCCCGUGGCAUGGAAAGCAGCGUGCUCAGCAGAACCAAAGACUGCACUCUGUGCUGGGGGUGUGGGUGGCCCACAGAACUGCCCCCUGGGGAAGCGUGGGCUGUAAUGUGGGGCAGCCUCAGCCCUGUGAGCUGCGCUUCCAUCACCCCACACUGCCCCAAAGCUCAGCCUUCACCGAGUUCCAAAUGUGCUGUGCUCGGGUGGAUUAUCUGCUGUGAGAUCCCCAUCCCCGUAAUAAAUACCCAGAUGGUAAUAUAUACGAAGCAGGAAGAAAAAAAGAAAUAAUCAUGUUAUCUUGUGAAGUAUACUUUUGUAAAUAAUAUUUAAUUUAAAUAAUAAUAAUAAUAAUAAUAUAUUUGGUGCCGUUUUCUCAGAGCCCCUCCCUGCAAGCACUUUCCUCAUUGUUUAUAAAUGAUCCCCUUUCCUUCUGCAUUGGUUGGGAAAUACACUGAGGGGGAGACAAGCACACACGUGGGUGCUGUCCUGCUGGGCAGCCCAUGCUGGGGAUGUGGGGGGCUGGGGGGGAUUUGGGGGCCGUGGGGGGGGAUGUGGUUCCCAUGCAGUGCUGGGCAGGGAUGCAUAUGGCUGCGGAUGCUGGAGCACAGAUCGGCUGUGAGCUCAGCAUCACCACUCUGUAAGGAGGUUUGUAAGGAGCUGUUUUUAAUCUGAAGGAAGUCUUUGGACACAGAUCCCAGUUUUCUUUUCUUUUCUUUUUGUUUUCCUUUGUUUUUAAACCAGGCUGCUACAUAACAAACAAGAGUGCAAGUUUACCUCUCGGGCAGCAGAGUUCGUUUCUUUGUUUUCCCUUCUGUCCCUGUGCCCCCCCCGCUCCCCACUCUCUGUUUUUAUCUCGUUGGGUCUCUGUUUGAUCCCAAAGCGGACCAACAGCGUGCACAGCCAGGCUGCAUUGCUGAGCAAGGAGCUGCUUCCAGCACUGAACCACUGCUGCGCGCUCCCCGAUCCUCUGAUGCCGGCACACAUCACUUAAAGACAGACAGGAAAAAAAAACCCCACAAAACCUACAGGUGAAAUGUGUUGUUCUCGUGGUGAGGAUUUGCUCUGUGUGCAUUUUCCUGCCUGGACGGCGCUGUGCUGGGUGGGAGGUGUGCUCUGCUCGGUGGGAAGGAGCUCUCAGCAGGGCCAGGCCGUGGGGGCCGAGCACUCAGAAACAAUGAUGUUACACGUAGAGGCUGAAGAAUCCUGUUUAAAAGAGGGGGGGGAAAAAAAGAAAUCAUGGUGAAUUCAAAAAAGAAAUGGACGUAUUUAAUGCAAGCAGAAUGGCACUGUGUGGUACAAUCACAAAGAAGCUGUUCUCAUAGCUAUGAACUGUAUUUAUCCUUUGUUUUGUUCUUGUAAGGAAAUGGGAAUGCUUUCCCCGCUGACAAAACUAAAGGACGAUGUUUCCAAUACCAGCCUGUCUAUUGAUGCUCUCGUGUUUACAAAUUGUGUAUACUUUUAUUUCUUUGAUCUUGUUUUAAUUUUAUUUUUUGGCGUAUUCUUUCAGGUCAUUUGCUUCAGUAAUAAAUGCGAUCGUUUGUUUUCAAGUAAUUGGUUUCCACCUUUCCAUGUAUUUGUACAUUGUACAUAGUUCUUCAGUAUUAGAGGGAGCCGUAUUGUUUGUCAUAUUUACAAUAUGUGUUGGUGCUCAUUUGAGAAAAUAAAAUUUUCAAGUACUAAA